GGCCUUUUUUUGAUCCAUUUGUUGGCAGUCGUCCCGAUCGCACUAGCUCGCCUCAAUGGUCACAUAACUUGAGUUUCAGAGCUAGGCUUCAGAAAUCAUCAGUGUCAAAGGAGUGAUUGGUUAUACAAAAGAGGAAGAUCUGAGAAAAACCCCAGAAAAAGAAAAUGGCAGGGAGAUUGAGCAACGUGGCAUCACGGAUCAUGGGAGGAAACGGUGUCGUUGGUCGCUCCGUCGCGUCCUCUCUUCGUCUUCGCUCCGGCAUGGGUCUCCCCGUCGGCAAACACAUUGUCCCUGACAAACCUCUUCCAGUGAAUGAUGAACUGGUUUGGGACAACGGAACUCCGUUUCCUGAACCUUGUAUCGAUCGCAUUGCCGAUACCGUUGGAAAGUAUGAGGCGUUGGCUUGGAUGUGUGGAGGUUUGGGCUUUUUCGCGACACUGGGACUGUUAGCCGUGUGGAAUGACAAAGCUUCUAGGAUACCAUAUACACCAAAGGUAUAUCCAUAUGACAACUUGCGGGUGGAGCUUGGUGGAGAACCCUAGGCUAAUCUUUAUGCAAGAAAUUGUAUGGUUACUGUUGUUUCAGAUACGUUUCUGCUUUUGUUCAUCUCUUUGCUGUCGGAAUUUUGAACAGUUAAGAAAAUAAUGGUUGUAGCUGACAUUAAUCUCUUGAAACAAAUAGCUUGAUACGGUUUUGUUUAAA